AUGAAGGACGCCGUCAGUAACAUUUUAGAGCAAUUUAAUAAUCACUUCGGUAAAUACCCAAAAUUCACACAGUUUGAUCAGGGCACAGAGUUUUACAAUAAAGAUGUAAAGUCAUUGCUCAAUAAACAUAACAUUGAAUUUUUCUCUACUUACUCAGAUAAAAAGGCCGCAGUUGUGGAAAGAUUUAACAGAACACUGAAAGCGCUAAUGUGGAAGUACUUUUACAGUGCCAGUACAUAUAAAUGGUUAGACGUCCUUCAAGACUUAACUGAUAAUUACAACAGUUCAGUGAACAGAUCAAUUAAAACAACACCAGACAGCGUAAAUGAGUCCAAUUGGACUGAAGUAUGGAAGACACUUUUUAGUCACAAUUUAGGCAAGCCGUCGGAACCAAAGUUUGCUGUCGGAGAAAGUGUCAGGAUUUCAAAGUACAAAUCAGUGUUCACAAAAGGAUAUGAAGCAAAUUUCACAGAGUAG